UUAAAAGACAAAAUUCUGUAUUGAUCAUCUAUUACAUUCAUUCUCCGCCACUGAUAAAGGUGAUCAUCUCCAACUCCAGGAGGUAGCUAGAGAGAAAAAAGAGCUAGCUCUAAGUCAGUGAAGACCAUAUUAGCAACAAGAAAAUGAAAGUUAUAGUAGUAACAAGUCCAGGUGGUCCGGAUGUUCUCAAAGAAAUCGAGGUGCCUGAACCAGAACUACAGGACGAUGGAGUCCUGAUAAAGGUGGCGGCCACCGCCCUGAAUGAGCCUGACCUUACCGCGAGGACGAGGUCUUUGCCGCCGAUGCAAAGGGAGUACCUAGGUCUGGAAUGUGCCGGAACGAUCGUGAAAGUCGGGAAAGACGUCCAGCGAUGGCAAGUCGGCCAAGAGGUGUGUGCUGUUCUUAGUGGAGGAGGAUACGCUGAGAUGGUAGCUGUUCAAGAAGGAUUGGUAUUUCCUAUCCCCAAAAGUAUUUCUGUGGAGGAGGCUGCUAGUUUCCCUCAAGUGGCUUGUAGUGUUUGGGCCGCACUUUUUAUGGAAAACAAGCUAUGUUUUGAAUAUUGGUUACCCGCUGGUAGGAACAGUCGGCUAAUUGCCGGUGAAACUAUAUUGGUUCAUGGGGGAUCCGGGGGAAUUGGUUCAUUUGCAGUACAGUUAGCAAAAGCCCGGGGUGUAAAGGUGAUUGUCACAGCAGGUAGUGACAAGUUAGAGUUCUGUAAGACACUUGGAGCUGAUGCAUGCAUCAGUUUCAAUUACAAGGACAAGGAAGAUGACUUUAUUGAAAGGGUAAAUAGAGAAACAGAUGCCAACAAAGGUGUUGAUGUCGUCUUGAGUAGCCUCCCGAUUGAAUACAUGCCAUGGAACCAUGCCUGUGUUAAGCAAGGUGGGACAGUUAUUAAGAUCAAUGGUUGUUGGAUGCUACCAAAAGAUACUCGUGCUCGCACUCCACAGCCAAAAAAAGUGAAUUCUGAGCUUCAGGCGAACUUCAACAUAGGAGUGGCUGGCUUUCGGUUUAGAAAGCUAGAAGAGAGAGCAAAAGUUGUCGAGGAGGUACAGAAGCAUGUGUGGCCAUUAAUAGAAGUUGGUAAGGUAAAACCUGUUGUGCAUCAUCGUUUUCCAUUCGCUAAAGCAGCAGAGGCUCACCGGCUCAUGGAGAGUGGCAAGCAUUUUGGAAAGAUCCUGCUUAUUCCUAAUGACAGAUUUGAGAAUUCAAGGAUAGAACAGAGUUAGAGAGGAGAAGUUGGAAAAACUUGGGGAUGAUUUAAAUGGGCGACUUCAAUUGCAGGAAUCUAAUUGCAGUUAGUAAAUUGCAAAGACUUUCAUGAGCAAGAUUUAGACCAAGUACAUUAGCAAAUUUUAUGUUUGAACAAAUUAGCUGCAUAUACUGAGCAAGACUUCUUUUAUCCCUUUCCUGACUGUUGAGAAUUAGGAAUCUUUAUUGUAUGCAUUGAUGUAUUGGUUUAUCAUCAUCAUCAUGAAAUUUGCUGCGUAUUCCUUGGUUUA